CGGCAAUAAAUAGUGCCAGUUUUUGAAAUGGCAAAUCAGUAUUCAUCGACCAAUCGCUUAACACACUUAGGAAGUAAUUGAAACGUUUGAAAAUGGCGCGCAUUCUGCUAUUCAUGAUUGCAUUGCACUUCUUUGCUAGAGUGAUGGCUUUCCCUUCAAAUAUGGAGAAUAGUCAGAGUGCUGAUGAAGAUAACUCGAAUCUGAUUGCGAAGUACGAUGACGAGAAUAAUCGUUACAUCAUAAAUGAGCUGCGAGAGGAUAUUAGCAACGACCUCGGUAUCAACAAAGCAACAACUACGACUGAGGCGCCACAAGUUUUGGACCAACAACCCGAAGAAGAAAAAGAAGGAAAAUCCAAAUCGACCGAAACGGAACAAAUGAUUGGCGCUAUGCUGGCACUUCCAAUUCUACAAAUGACUCAAAUGAUGCUUCAAGAUAUGACAAACGAUCCAAAAAAAUCAAGCUGUGGCGCCGCAUCGUUUCGUAUUAACGUUCCUGCAUCAAGCUAUCCUCCAGGUUAUCCUCCCUAUUUGAGCAGCAGCAACUUCAAACCAAGCUGCGGUGGCUGCAUGCAAAGCAGUUGCAGUAGCUGCACGCGAACUGCGCCGGUUCCAGCUUAUGUGCCGGUUAUGCCACCUUCAAUUAUGUAUCGUGCAAUGAUGUCAGCUCCACCCUCUUCUCACCGUACUUACUUAUCAAUGUAUCCACCGGCAUUUCCACCACCACCACCAUUUUCAUCACGCUACUUGCCACCUCCAUAUCCAUCAUACUUGGGUCCAUUCGUAUCUCGAACACCACUGCCAGCACUGCCAUCAAUGGAUAAAUCACCCUCUGCGUAGAUGCGUCCACCUCUGGCUAUGUUUCGUUCAGGGUUUUGGAAAAUGUGAUUAAAAUCCAAAAUCAUUGAUUUUGUUUUGCCAUGCAAGUGCAAGUGCAUUCAUAAAAUCUGUUAUGUGUUGUAAUUCAUUAUGUGUUUGAAUAAAAAAUGAAUUUUUUGUUUGUUGAAAAGA